GCAAAGAUUGCACGACCAAAAGGAGUGAGCAGCUUUGUUUACAAAGUUCCACCUGAUGAUUUUCAAACCCUGUCAUUUCUUUGGACCCCCUAUAUAAACUGAUUAAAAACCGGUGCAAAGGCACUUUUAAAAAUUUGUUUGGAAUGCUUACAAGGGCGUGUUUCUGCUUUUGCCUGCUCUUCGCGGUUACGCUGGGAUUCAAAUCCUUCCAGCACAAGAUCCCAAAUGGAGACUCGGUGCCCCACCCCUGUAAACCCAACUACCUGUGGCACGGGGUGGGUCACGAGAACGAGUUAGGUGGAGGGUCCAGGAACCCAUUCGGACGGGAUUUUGACGCUGCGGGAAAGACAUGGACUGUGGAGCUGUGUCGGAAAGACUCGGACGGAGACGGCAGAACCAACGGUGAAGAACUGGGGGAUCCGAACUGUAUCUGGCGGGAAAACGCGAUUCCGGACAAAAAUGCAUUCUCACAUCCGGGUGUAUGCGAGCCUUACGACAGCGACCUCUGUCGGUCUAAGAAUACCUGGGUACAGUGUCAGAAAGAAGAAUUUAAAUGUGACGCCAUAGACAGCCCGGAUGUGAAAAACGUCACCAUUAGAUACCCAGUUACGUCAGUUCCAAGUCAGGAGACGACCUAUUUUUGCAUGACCUUUGAACUUCCCCAAGAUGGCGACUAUCAGAUGAUAGCCACAAAACCGGUCAUUGACAACGAAUACGUCAUGCACCAUAUUCUGCUGUACGGAUGUGGAGAGUCAGUGACAAAAGCCGAUACUGUUCCGUCUUCGUGCGGAAUGGGACUAAGUGACUGCCAGACUGUGAUAGGAGCGUGGGCCGUGGGGGCGAACGGAGAAUGUAGUCACAAGGACGUCGGCUUCAGGAUCGGCCAAAAUGGAUUCAAAUACGUCAUGAUGCAGUUUCACUGGAACAACUAUGAACGGCGAUCGGACUAUAAAGACAGUUCUGGAAUGACCUUGUACUACACUCCAAACAGGCGACCAAACGACGCCGGAAUAAUGAUAAUUGGUCAGACAUUCUUAGAAAUCCCGCCCCGGAAGGAGCACGUUGAAACCACUUCCGUUUGCACCGCAGACGACACAAGGAUGAUUCUACAAGGACCAGUAUAUGUGACCCGGGCCUUUAACCACAUGCAUUAUCUAGGCCGAGAACAAUACAUUGACCUUUACAGAAAUGGGGCCAAGAUCGCAACACUUACCAAUGAACCCGAUUACAGUUACGACAGACCACGGUUUAUUGAGUACGCGGAAUCAAUCCAGAUAUUUCCCGGAGAUGAAAUACGAACCAGAUGUGUGUUUAAGUCCACAACCAAAUCUGUCACUACUUUUCAAGGCGACGCAACUUCCGACGAGAUGUGCUUCGGUUUUCUAACGGUUCAUCCGCUCAGUAACGCAAGGUCUCUCCAAUGUUCCUCCUGGAAAAAUGCGUCCAUGGUGAGUCUGUUCCAGAGCUCCGAUGGCUGUGAUUGGAGAGUCUUCGGAAACGCAAGCCACCCGGAUAUGGCCCCUCUAUACCAAGGCGUUUACAUGCAUUGUCGACCAUUAGGUCAGUGUCUUGAAGAGUGCAAAGAGGCCGUCAAGCUGUUCAGAAGUCACCCAUGCAUGACGGGCACCAGGGGAGAGUAUGUCAUGUGGAACGCUGGCAAUGUAAGGACUUUCGAGGCAUUGAGCUUCUACUCAAAAGUUAGGUCAUGUGACCUCGAGAUUUUGCGAGAACAACUAUUGACGCAGACGACAAACGGAGAUGACACAAACUUUGGAGCGAGGGUUCUACCGAAACUAUCGGCUCUUCUGGUUGCUGCUUUACUGGCCUUGUUUUUAUAAAAAAAAUAUCAUAGAUCACUGUCUUGUUAGAAUUAGGAUGGGAAGAUUUACUGGUGUGUUGAUAUAUAAAUGUAUCAAUGCAAUAUUAUAACAUUGUGGUUUUUUUUUUCGGGCGUAAACGUUCGUUGCAAAACUGUUGUUUGAUUAUUUUUCUUUAAUAUUAAAAAAUGAAAAUGUG